AGAAAUAUUUUGACAUCUACUGUUCUGAAUUUUUGAUAAAUAUUUUACUGAAAUUAAUGGCAAGGCUAACGUGAUGAACAUAGUAAAUGUUAAAAGUAAAGAAAUAAAUUUUUAAAUAAUUUACUGUCUCUUAAAAUUUGUUAACUUGUAACAUUAUGCUAGCAUCAUACUUUGUGACUAUUGUCAAGUAUAACCAAAAAAGUUAACAUCUUGGAUGCAGACUGAUAAGUUAAGAUGGUUGGUGAAUGCACUCAAAUGAUUACUGAGUGUUUUUAACUAAAAAAUCACAAGCAAUGAAGUGUGAGCUGGACCCUGUUGCAACAAUCAUGCCAACGAUGUCCCACUCCAUCAUAAUCCAAAAAACUAGCGAACACAACCUUCACAUUUGACCAAACUCUAUAUAUUUCUUGUUUCCAGUAGUAAGUCAAGGAAACGGAUUGGGAUCCAAAAAUCUACCUUGUUCAGAUCAAUCACCAACGUACAUCAAAUCUCGUGAAAGAUGGUUCGUAAAUCAUAGAACUAAGGUUAAUCAUAAACUUGCUCUACUUUGGACAGUUGACAUUGGUCCUCUGUAAUAUAAAUGUCAAAUAUUGUUUACAUAACAAACCAAUACGAAGAGUAAAAGAAAAUCUUACAGAAACUUUUCAAGCAAACCUUUAAGAGGAAGUUUUUGAAUAAUUAUAAUACGAAGAAAAUACUCAGAGGAUUUCAUCUUAAUAACUAGAUCUUGAAGCAGAUACCAUUGAUGAAUGGUUUACUUAGGUAAUUGUGUAUGGUUAAAUUUGGAGUGUCCAGUAACAUUCGCAAAGUUUUGUAAUGAAAUGACUGAACAUUUUUUUGUAUUUGGAGGCUUGCUCCAUUUCCAGAGCUGUAUUCCAUAUGUGCAUAGAGGUUUAUACAAUGCGACGUCGCAGCAGUAAAAAUUGACGCGUAUCUGCAAUGAAAAAGGUCGAGGUAGCAAUUGCUACAACCUACCACCAUGUAGAAGAUGUGUAACCACUGGAAACUAUCUCUACCUUCAUAAACUAUUGCAAACAUCACAAUCUACAAUAUAUCUUAGGUUGUGACAACAAUGCGUACAAUAAAAGCUGGGCGAGAACAUACAUCCACAAAAGAGGAAAAAUGACCAAGAGCAAUUGCAAGAACAAGUUACGUGAUACGGAUGACAUGCUUCUACACGAAGGAUUUAGUUUAAGCCUUGAAGAAAGUACUUAGGAUAGAAAUAAGAUUUAAGAUCCAUUCAUAAUUCAUUCUUCAUCAGCAAUUAAAAGAUUUAGAAAAGUAAUAAAUAUUUUCGUUUUUUAUGGCUCAGUACACCUUGAGAUAUACUAGGUUUGCAGAAAAAGGCCAAAAUAAGCACGUGUACUUGAACCGACAAUUAACCUAAAAAUAAUAAGUUAUAUAUUAUUGUUAUAAUAGCACAUUAUAACAUAAUGAAGCGAUUAUCUGAUGAAAGAACAAAAAUUCUUUUUGAAAAGUUAGCCAAGUAUAUUGGACCUAAUGUGAAACUUCUAGUAGAACGUCCAGAUGGGCUAUAUUGCUUUAGAGAAAAAAAAGAUAGAGUAUAUUAUAUUUCAGAAAAAAUAUUGAAGCUAGCUAAUACCAUUCCUACUGAUCACCUAGUAUCUGUUGGAACAUGUUUUGGAAAAUUCACAAAAUCCAACAAAUUUAGAUUACAUGUUACUGCUUUACAUUAUUUGGCUCCGUAUGCUCAGAGUAAAAUUUGGUUAAAAGCUUCUGCUGAACAACAGUUCCUGUAUGGAAAUCAUGUAGCAAAAUCAGGAUUGGGACGAAUAAGUGAAAAUACAGAAAAGUACCAAGGAGUAGUUGUUUAUAGUAUGUCAGAUUUACCAUUAGGAUUUGGGGUAGCUGCUAGAUCAACUGCAGAGUGUAAGCAUGCUGAACCUCUAGCUAGUGUUUGUUUCCAUCAAGCAGAUAUUGGUGAAUAUAUAAGAUCAGAAGAGGACCUGUUGUAGAAAUAUGAACUAAAUUACUUUUUGUAUCAAUGAAAAUAAACUGAAUUAUUUUUUUUACCAAUAAAGCCAAUGUAAAGAUAA